GGUCGGACCGGUGUUAGCGACGGACCGGAAGCAGCGUGAGGUUACAGAAGACCGCACUGAAGUCUUCUUGCACCUGAUCCGUCUCUUCAAAGUCCUCAAAGUUGUCUGUGCAGUGUCAAGAUGUUGAGGACAGCGUCCGCACAGAUCUUCAGACAGGUGGCGAGGAGCGUGACCACGGACGCCAGCCUCAUCCUGGAGAGAUCGAUAAACCGCGUGCAGCUGUUGGGCCGCGUGGGCCAGGACCCGGUGAUGAGACAGGUGGAGGGUCGUAACCCGGUGACCAUCUUCUCGAUGGCGACCAACGAAAUGUGGCGCUCUGGAGACAGCGAGGCGAGCGCAACAGGUGACAUCAGUCAGAAGACGACGUGGCAUCGCGUGUCGGUGUUCAAACCAGGUCUGAGAGACGUGGCGUACCAGUACGUCAAGAAAGGGACCAGGAUCCUCGUGGAGGGGAAACUGGACUACGGGGAAUACGUGGACAAGAACCAGGUCAGGCGGCAGGCCACCACCAUCAUCGCAGACAACAUCAUCUUCCUCAGCGACAACGUCCGAGACAGAACCUGAAGCUCUUUCCUCUUCAACUCUCAACAACACUUUUUUUCUGUAUUCUCCAGUUUUAUACAUAAAAAUAAAGGGAACAGACGUGUGCCCAAAAGAGAAGAGGGGGGGGACACUGGUCGAGUCUGGCGGACCUCGAGGUCAUCGAGAGGAGCGGACAGCUCGUUGUGGUAUAAACACACGUCCUGGUUUGUUGUUGUUUGUGCUUCUUGUACAUAACCGUGAAUUUUUGUGUUAUUUCUCAAUAAAUCCAGAAAAUGUUUGUUGGGAACUAUUUGCAGAUGAAUCGUGGUCAUUUAUGGGAUUUGUUUAUCACCAAAAAAUAUAUAUACAGUUCAUUACGAGUUUUAAGUUCCACUGGCUUCUGUUAAAUGUCAGAUUUCUGAAACAUCAGCGUUCAGGUUUUAGUUUCUUUUCUCUGAAUCGAGCCGUUACAUCAGAAUGUUUAUCUACCUUUUUGUUUUCUCCAUUUUCACUUGUCGCUUAUUACUGUUUAUCUUUUCCUUACUUCAGCUCUCUACUGAUGUGUCUAAUGUUUUCUUUUUACAUUUUUGUGUUCACAUUUUUGUUCAUCUUCCUCAAUAAUGUGUCGUUCCUCCUCACUGUUAAUAACUGUUGCAAAGUUCCCCUAGAGAGACUUUGUAGAGGAGAAAAAGCUAAAAGUAACCAUUAAAAACAUACAAUAAAAUGUAAA